AUGGUGAAUCAUGAUUCAGGUAUAACUCCGCCCAUCAAACUCUCUAUUGACAUAUUUGGAAAGUUGUUGUCCAACUACAAUAGCGACUACCAACUCAAACAUGAUAUCUUCAAUGAGUUUGCCAAAGUUCCCGAGGCAACACCGCAAACAAUUGCCAAAGUAAUGAGAAUUGCAGCCUCAAAGUCAUUGUCAGACAUCAAGAUUGUCUAUGAUCACUUCCACACUUAUAUUCGUCCGAUCAAGGCUAAUAUAAUCAAGUGUAUGAUUGAGGCCAGUACCGAGCGAGAUGAUAUCGAGUCUUUGGAUUAUCUGUUCGACCUAGCUGGUACCAAACCAAAUCCUCACCACCAGACAUUGAAUCCACGCGACCUCAUCCCCAACCUUAGGUCCUGCAGCGCUUCAAUCCUUUCACAUUUCAUUGACAAAGGAUAUAUCAAUGUCGACACCAAUACCCGUGAACUCAUUGACUUGGUGGAUUGGGCUUGUGAGCAAAUACGCUUGGACAUUAUCAAGGUUGUCCACCAGCGAUGUCUCACUCAAACACAGAUCAGAAGAUAUCUUCCCAAGGUAGGCUCAAUCAACAAAGCAGCCGAAUGUAACCAUUACAAGUCACUCAGUUAUCUGUUUGAGGGCAACGAGCUGGGGUGA